AUGACAGCUAAGAACUUAGAUCACAUGGGUGGAGGUAGAUCUCACAAACCCCUCCCACCUGUUGUUGAGUUUGAGAGGCAGAGUGGUGAGGUUGUGGAGGUAUCAGUGCAUUACCCUUGGGUCCCUGCUACCUGCUCACAUUCCCAAUCUGAUCCUCAGCCUUCCCUGCCUCUUCCUCCAGUGACCCCACCGAUUAACCACACCCUCCCUGUUCCCACUAAUCCCUCACUUGACUCGAUCCCUGCUCAAGUAGCAAUUAUCCCUAAACCAAAUUUCAAUCCCUUCCUUACUCCUGAGCCUCCUAUUCGUCCUUCUCUAAAGAGAUCUCGUUCGUCUCCAACCCUUUCCCCUCCCGUGUCCUCAAAUGCUAACCCUUUUGCACAAACUCUCUCCCUUUUCAACCCCCAAGAAGCCCAGCCACCUGACCCUAUCUCCUGCUCUAAGCCAACCUUUUCCCCCUCUUCUUUCUCGACUGUUUUAGUAGGUAGUGGUCCUCCAGUUGCUUCAGAGGAUCCUCUUUUACCUUCUCAAUGA